GUGGGAGAUCAUUAAAUACAUACAUUUACUCCUUGUUGUCUAGUUCAACAACAAUGGCUAGCAAAGGAACUAAAGGAAAAUUAAAGACAAGGAAUGGCAAGCCACUCGAACUUUACCUAAUUAGAAUAUCACCUGCGUGUCGUGCAGUUUGGUUUUAUCUUUUACAGAAUAAUAUCCCGCAUGUUUUAAUUGAUGUAGAUUUUACGAAAGGGGAAACAACUCUACCAGAUGUAUUGCUACGUAACUCUCAUCAAGAAGUGCCGUUAUUGGUUGACGGUGAUUACAUUAUAUUUGAAGGUCCACCCAUAUUGAAUUAUCUAGCACAGACAUAUACAAAUCACGCUGGAUUUGGAUCAAAUCAGAGCACUCGUCUUGCAACAGAAUCUGUUAUCAGCUGGGCUAAUAGUGAACUGCACAGGGUAAUUGGCUAUGGUUAUAUUUACCCACAAUUUCUUGAAAAGUAUGCUGUCCCCUCGGAACAUUUAAAUGAUGCCAUCGUUGAUAAAGGUCUGCGCCAUGUAACACAGAAAUUGGAAAUUUUAGAAGGACGGUAUUUAAGCAAAAACAAGUAUUUAACAGGAAAAACACUGACAAUGGCCGACAUUUUUGUGGCUACCGUAGUAGCGCAACUUCAGUGGACCGGAAGUAAGUCACAAAUGUGGCCGAACGUUAUAGAAUGGUUAUCCCGAGUGCAGAAAGUGGAGUUCUGGGAGGAAGUGCACGCAUCACAUCGUCAAUAUGUUCAAGAACUGACAGGCGGAAGAAUACUAGUGCAUUAAAAAUACCACUUCCCAGCAAAGCACGUGUUACUGCAGAAUUGACUAUUUGGAAUAUCUAUGUAUUUUAUAAGUUUAAAUGAUAAAUAAUUUGUUUAACCAUUCCAUGCGAGGCUCCAACACUAACUUUACCUGUAUUGCACGUGCAACAAAUAUGGUUUAGCGAAUAGUUGUUUGAGAAAUAUUGGUGGAUUUUUUCUGAAAUGUUCCAGAAUUAGAGAAUUCUAAAAAAUAUAAUCUGUGAAUUGUUUCUGAAAUGUUAUUGACCUAGAUAAUUUAUAAGUUACAAUCAACUCAACAUGGUAUGGUGGUGGCGAGGGGGGGGGGGUUGCUUGGGCUUGUCUCGUUGGCACGAGAAACUAUUCAUUU